AUGGACAAGAUGAUCCCUUCUCACCACUCCAAGGAGGCUCCCUGCCCAAGAGCCUCACAGAGCCUCUUCUCGCGAACCCAGUCGAGUGGAGUGUCCCUGACCGUCUGCCCUCUCCAGACCACGACCUUGCCUCCCAGUUCUUUGGGGGGCACUGAGGCUAAGUUUGGGGGUGCCAACUCGAGCUCGAUCGAGUUGGGUGUCAAAAACCAGAAAAGUGGUCUUUUGGAGCAUUCUGGAGCAUAUGGGACGAGGAGCAUGGAGGACUUGGCACAUGGACGCAGCUCAACUGGAUACGCAAAGGAAGAAGGAGGAAGCCAUCUUGAAGACCAGCUCGACCCGAGUUCCUCAACUCGACCGGCCAAGCUUCAACUCGAUCGAGCUGAGAAGUCAAAGUCAAACCCGAAAAAUGUUGCUUCCCCCUUGACUUUCCUUUGA